GACAUACAGUAUUAAUCCGCACGCAUUUGGCAACCCCCCUCGCGUUUUACGUUACAACCAUGAGUUACUAAUUUUAAAUGCACUUCUUCGUCUGUCCGCUCUGGUUAGUGAUUUUACGCAAGUAAUACCAUUUUCGACAAUCCGAAUGAAGUCGAAUGCACUAUAUUAUUCGUGGCGAAUUUACACGGGGUCAAAUUGUGAGUGAUACAAGACAGCUGUUUUUACUGUUGUUGACGUUUUUGUCGUUUAAAUCAUCAUAAUUUGGUAUGGAUCCAGCACUGUUGAGAGAAAGGGAUGCUUUCAGGAAAAGGGCAUUAGCACUGCCCACAGUGGAGAAGAGAAAACACAAACAUGCACAUGCAUCAGAAUCGUCCCGAAAGAAAAAGAAACCAUCUUCUCCUAAAAGUCAAGUUGUAGCAAGCAGUAGACCAACUGAAUUGAAUUACAAGUAUUUGAAAGCCAGUUCCAAGUACAAGUUUGGAAUCCUUGCAAAAAUAGUUAAUCAUAUGAAGGUGCGACAUCAGCGUGGUGAUACAUACGCCCUGACAAUAGACGAAAUACUAGAUGAAACAAACCAACUUGAUGUUGGUCUUAAACAGAAACACUGGCUUAUCACAGAGGCUUUGUGCAACAACCCAAAAAUACAAGUCUCGGAGAGUAACAAAUAUUCUUUCAAACCAAAGUACAAUCUGCGAGGUCGAAAAGAUUUAUUACGAUUACUUGAUAGACACGAUCAGAAAGGACUAGGAGGUAUACUAUUAGAAGAUAUACAGGAGAGCCUACCAAUGGCAGAAAAGGCUGUUAAGAUAUUAGGAGAUCAAAUCAUCAUCGUUGUAAGACCUGUAGACAAAAAGAAAAUUUUAUUUUAUAAUGACAAGUCCUGCCAGUUUACAGUGGAUGAAGAUUUUCAGAAACUUUGGAGAAGUAUAGCAGUUGACUCCCUAGAUGAAGGAAAAAUAGAAGAAUAUUUAAAGAAACAAGGAAUCACAUCAAUGCAGGAUAUAGGUGGCAAAAAAAUACAGGUACAAAAGAGAAGAAAACCAAGCAGAAAAGGAAUGAAAUUCAAGAAACAUAAUGAUCAUAUGGGUGAUGUAUUGAAAGACUAUUCUGAAAACUAGAGACAAUCAAAAUGAAAUAUUCCUGCUGUGGAACACAGAAUUCACUUACUCAAUGUGACAUAUAGUUUACAGUAUAGUUUGCCUGUGAAUGGUUGACUUAAAAACACUGUAUAUGAAAGGAUAUCUAGUAUUUUCUGUUAUAGUAUUACUAUCUUUGUUAACUGUAAACAGGAUUUGUUCAUGGAACUAUAAACUUGCACAGUCAAGUAGAUUUCUACAGUCACUGAAUAUGAACUCAUAGAUGACAGAAAAUUAUUAUAAUCUAAUGUUCUUUCAGAAAUUGUAUCGAUAUGGAAAACAUUGAAUGUUACAAUGAGAGGUUUAUAUUGAAGACAUUGACCAACAAUAUUCACAUAAAUCGAUGAGAGAAAUAUUUCAUUGAGCUUCACUUUCCUGAUUGUCUUCAUAGGGACAGCUCAGUCCCCAAUGCUGUAUUUUUCAUUGUGAUAGAAUAAAUAUAUCUUUUACCCC